AUGCAUCUAAUUAUAAAAUUAACAUUGGCUACACUUCUAUUUCUGAACAGUAUUCCACAAAUCGACGGUUUUGUUGCUGUGCCUCUAGUACAUUAUGGUCGAAACUAUGAUGAUAUAAUACCUCAAGAACGGCAAAUUGAAGAUGAAGAUUUCGAAGAAGUUCAUAAAACGUUGACAGAACUUAUUAGUCGUUUAAAAGAAGAUGAUCAACAAACUAUCUUCAAUAUCGUUCAAUUGACUGCAAUUAUUGAAACUGUUUCAUGCCUUCGAGAUGAAGAAAUACGAAAAAAUUUUGCUGGUAGUUUAUACAAUGAUGCUAUAGAUAUGUAUCCCAUGUAUAAAGAUCACUAUCAUAAAUUACUGGAAAAAUUAAAUAAAGCUGAUCAAGUCAUUUUAAACAAGAUUAUUGAUAGAACAAAAAUGACAGCAUUGAAAAGGUGUCAAUUAUUAAAUGGUGAUGAAUAA